ACGCGUCUUGUGUCCUUCUUUGUGACCUUUGCAUCUGCAACGCAGGCAUGGCGUAUUACGCGUCUGCAAGGACGAAGCGCUUGCGCAAGUACUUGAUCUUGCAUGAGCAUGGUUCUAAGGGACUUGAUUGGAGUAGGCGUCGCGCAGUCAGUGAGGCGGGGCUGAUGCAGCUCCAUGCCACCUCGCUGUAGCCUUCUCCUGUCACUGAUCGACCACACCACAUAAGGGAUACUAACGGCAGCCACUGCACGAUCGUAACUCUGGCCAGGUACCAGGCUGCAUCCUAUAUGAUCUGGCUGAUUCGCUGUUGCUAUCCUUAGUCCCUUACGCAAGUCCCUCCCUCCCCGUAGCAGUCUACAUGGCAGCUCAAGUACCUGAAUACUACCUUUCUCGCAAUUGGGACUAUCCUCCCACGCCGGACGGCCCGAUUCAGAUCGGCAAUGUCAUAUCCUCGCUCAAAGAGCCGCACCGCCCCCUUGCAACAGUGAAGCCCGAUAUUGGAUCUCUGAUCACUUCGACAAAGACUGGCACGUCGCUCAGAGAAGAGAAGGGGAGGUCUGGCGGGCUGUCGUUCAUGACUACGUUUUUGGGUGGAUUGCUACCUCUGUCUGGCGACGUAGGGAUCAACGGUGAAAGAUCGUCAGGAAAGUAUUUUACGUUCAAUAGCCUUGAUACUACCUACAUCAACACUGCCGGGGGAGACACUGAUAAGGGCGAUCAGACGAAAUACCAAGCGUACAUCGACCGCUGCGUCCGGGCUGACGGUGUCAUACGCUACCUUGAUCGAACAUGGUUCCGCAAACACGUUUGGGUCGUCACGGGCAUAAAGGUUGUUCGAGGAGGGGGAAUCUCUACAACGCAGUCGAGUACUACAGACGUGGCGCUCGGUGUUCAGGCCGAUGGAACAGCAAUCAGUGGGGGCGCAGUUCCGGUAGGCGGUGGCCCUGAAGUUUGCGCUGGUCGGAAGUCGAAGUUCAAUGUGUCCUGGAACGGAAGCACCGACUUUGUGCUGGCAUACAAGGUUAGCAAAAUCAAGGUUGACAAACUAGGGAAAGCGAAGAAAGAGAGAGAGUAUCUCAAGGGCGCCUAUCUCGAGCUUACGACUGCAGACGCGGAGUCUUUUGAGCUGGCUGUUACUCCCGUGGACAAACCUCGUCCUGACGUGAAGUGUAGUACCUUCACUGUGGCGGAAACAGAGGGCGAGAACUUGGUUACUUUGGGCAUUGUGGAGGACUCCGACGAUGAGGAUUGAGCUACCCGAGUGACUAUGCGCGGCGUUUCCUUGCAUUUCCUUUCAAUCAGAGUCGUGAAUGACUUUUUUCAUCUCCCUUUGAAUGUCCGCUUCAUGCCAUCCGAACAUGUGUCCAGGAGCCGAUUGUAGGCUCAAGUAGAACACCCUGUCUCGUUCUUGCGCCAUACUUUUCAGAACU